GUGAAAACGGAAGUGCGCCGCAGCGAACUCUCUCGCUUCGUCUGUUCGCUGGCGCGUUAGGACGAAGCGGAAGAGAAAAUCGGUCUGUAUGCUGUUGUGUUUGGUUGUGCUCCUGUCUGCUGCGGACGGUAUCGAUUCAAGGGGGGGUCGAAAUCGGCUCUGUUUGCUUGUGUUUACAUCCGAUUCCCCGACUUAAAAAAACAACCUCAGCACUGCCAAAACACCGGGCGGGCAUGGAGUCACAGGGCAGGGACGAAGCGAAGGGACCGGUGCUGCAUAUCGUGGUGGUCGGUUUUCACCACAAAAAGGGCUGUCAGGUGGAGUUCUCCUACCCGCCGCUGAUGCCAGACGAGGGUCAUGACAGUAACCUGCUGCCAGAAGAAUGGAAGUACCUCCCUUUCCUGGCUCUUCCUGACGGGGCGCACAACUAUCAGGAAGAUACUGUUUAUUUUCACCUGCCACCUCUGACUGGAGACAUGAAGUGUGUCUACGGAGUUUCCUGUUAUCGCCAAAUAGAAGCAAAGGCCCUUAAGGUGCGACAGGCCGACGUCACCAGGGAGACGGUUCAGAAGAGCGUCUGCGUCCUCAGUCGAGUGCCUCUCUACGGUCUCCUCCAAGCAAAACUCCAGCUCAUCACACACGCCUACUUCGAGGAGAAAGACUUCUCACAGAUCUCUAUACUGCAGGAGCUGUACGACCACAUGAACGGCUCUCUGAGGGGCUCGUCGCUGGAGGGAUCACAGGUUUACCUCGGAUUAUCACCAAGAGAUUUAAUACUGCACUUUCGACACAAGGUUCUCAUCCUCUUCAAGCUUAUUCUGCUGGAGAAAAAGGUCCUGUUCUAUGUGUCUCCUGUCAACAGACUAGUAGGAGCUCUGAUGACAGUUUUAUCACUGUUUCCAGGUAUGAUCGAGCACGGCCUGGUGGACUCGUCUCACUACAAGCCGAAGAGCAGCGUGUCAGAGGACCUGAGCCUGGUGGAGAGCGUCUCGGGAGCAGAGGAGUUCGUCUCUGUGUCCGUCACCGACAUCGCCAACACCACCUUGGAGCUGGAAGGAGAGGAAACCGCCCAGCCUGCCGCUGAGUCGCCCUCCCCUGGGAACGGCGCAGAGGGGGACAACAACCACCUCAAACCUCCGUCACGCACCUCUCCGGAGUCGUCAGAGAGCGACUGGGAGACUCUGGACCCCAGCGUGUUGGAGGAGGGCAGCCCCAAAGAGCCAGCUGAGGGGAGGGAACCGGGUUCGGAGCUGCCAGACGCCUUCGACUCCAAGCCGGGGACGCCCAUCACCGUGCAGCCGCAGGCGGUCAGCGGUCAGGGAGCGGUCGUCCAGGGCCUGGUGUCUGGUCUGGAGGAGGAUCAGUACGGCCUGCCACUCCCCAUCUUCACUAAGGGUUACCUGUGUCUGCCCUACAUGGCUCUGCAGCAGCAUCACCUCCUAUCAGACGUGACAGUGCGCGGCUUCGUUGCCGGGGCGACCAACAUCCUCUUCCGCCAGCAGAGGCACCUCAGCGACGCUAUUGUUGAAGUGGAAGAAGCUCGCGUCCAGAUCCACGACCCCGAGCUACGGAAGAUCUUGAGCCUGACGACGGCAGACCUGCGUUUCGCCGACUACCUGGUCAAACACGUGACGGAGAACCGUGACGACGUUUUCCUGGACGGGACGGGCUGGGAGGGCGGAGACGAGUGGAUCAGAGCCCAGUUCACCCUCUACAUCCACUCCUUACUGUCCUCUGCAAUACAGCAAGAUAACGAGAGGCUGCUGGCGGAUUACGGCGCGCCUUUCAUCACAGCCUGGAAGAUCACCCACAACUACCGGGUGUGGUACAGCAACAAGCACCCCGCCAUGGCCGCCAUCACCCCGGGACAUCCGUUCCAAGGACAGUACAGUGUUGCUGAUGUGAAGCUGCGGCUGUCACACUCAGUGCAGAACAGUGAGCGAGGGAAGAAGAUCGGAAACGCCAUGAUGACCACCAGCCGCAGCGUGGUCCAGACGGGGAAGGCAGUGGGUCAGUCAGUGGGUGGAGCGUUAACCAGCGCCAAGUCAGCCAUGUCCUCCUGGUUCUCCACUCUGGCCCAACCUGCAGCCGUCUCAGCCCAGGCCUGCCCAGAGCCUGCCACGGAGCCGGCCACGGAGCCGGCCACUGAGGUCAAACCCUGAAACCACCUCCACCAGUCCGCUGUCUCUGACUCUGCCUGCCUCCUCAUCCUCUCAUCCUCUGGCUGCUGUGAAGCCUGAGGGUCAGCGGAGCGAGGGGCGGUUCGUACCUGAGCUGGUGUUAUGAAGGAUGUGAGCAGGAAAACAACGGUCAGCUUUGUCAAGAAUCAAAUGGGAGCUCUAAAUCUGAACCAUAAAACCCAACACUCACAUCCCUGAUUGGUGACUUUCCAGCCUCAUAUUAGCGUGACGCCCCUCCGGACAGGAAGGCAGCACUGCCAUUAACUAAAUGUGCAGCCCAUAUUCACUGUGAGGCAGAGACUGCCAGCGCUUUUGAUCAAAUACCAGAAAUUUCAGCAGGCUGCAUCAUGUCUGCCCGCCUGUUUCUCUUUGCUGCAGUUCGUAUUGCUGGAUGCUUUCCUGUGAGACACUAAAGAUGCUGUUGUCGGGUUUGCGGUGUUCACUCUUUGCUCGUAUUUCUAGAAAUUUGUCUAUAUAGCUGAAUAUUUUGCUGAAAAGGAAAUUAUGUAUUAAAAUAAAUCUGUGUCACAGGAUUUGACAGAACAGCAUGAGCUUGUGGUACGCCCGAAGAUUUUAACGGUUUAUAUCUUAAAUUCAGUACAGCCUUUGUAAUAACAUCGUGGUUGUCGCGGUAACAGCAUGAAUUCCUGUAAGCCCCUCCCUCCUUAGUUACUGUUGCUACAUCUGUCAAGCUUUCUGCUCUCGCACAUAUGAAGUUUACAAUGGUAAUGGUGGCCAAUUAACCAUCCAAAUUUAGUUGUUUUUUUCAAAAAAAUGUUUAAACAUUUCUAGCGACAGUGGAUUUUCUCAGCUGAAAUGAAAACUGCUAGCUUCAGCUAACUAGCAUAAGCUAACACUACAGCUAGGACAUAAGCUAAUGCUACAGCUAGGACAUGGUUGGUUGAAAACACAAUCUCCAGCUGAUUUUUUUAAUGUUUCAAGCUAACUCCUUUUAAAGCAAAAAUCAUGUAAAAGGCUCCUAAAUAUGUACUUGAUGGCUGCAUACAUGCUAUCAUGCUAACGCUGCAUGUGCCAAGCAAAAAGUCACCAGUUGACCCAUUUAUAUGACAGAAAUAAAGGAGCUGCAUUAUUCUUGAGUUGCACUGUAAAGCUAGUUAGUCCUAGUAUAAGCAUGAUACGAAAAAAUGUAAGAUCAGACUUGUUUCGUUCUGAUAGCGCCCUCUUUAGCUGCUUAGCUUGCGCAAAUGGACAAAUAAGGCAGUUAGCUAGAUUUAUACUUUAUUGUUAGUAUUUUCAAACAGGUUCAAUUUUAACAUUUCAAGAGGAAAGAGUUUUUAGGAUGAGGGCAACGUAACGAGUUUGGCUGGGAGUGCUGGAGGACAGAACCGCUAACGUUAGCCUAAACACUGAUAGCGGUAACAGGUGUGUGUGUUUACAGAGUAUUUUACAGUGACUUCAAACACAGUUCAGCCAAUCAUAAUCAAAGACUGGAACUAUCCAUUUUAUAAGCACAGUUUAGUCACUUUCUUGUGCUUUUGCUCUUGUGUUUUUGGUUUUUGAAAGGCUAUAAAAAAGACACCACCCUUCAAAUUUUUCAUAUAUGGAAUAUCACUCCAUAUUGAGUAGCGUUAGCUUGACAGCUUAGUAACAGUUGCUAAGCAUUGAUUGGACCAUCACUUUUUGGGUUUGUUGAGUGACUUAAGAUAAGGCUGAUGUUAACGAUUAUUGUCAUUCUCAAUUAAUCUAUUCCAUUUUUUUAUAUGAUCAAUCAUUUAAUGUAAAAAAUGUCAGGAAAUAGAUUAAAAUAGAGUCCGAAUCACUCAUCUGACCAACAGUCCCUUACCCCAAAUAUAUUCAAUUUAUGACACUAUAAAAUAGAUAAAAGCAGCAAAUUCUUAAAUUUUAAAAAGCAGAAAGUAGAUAAUGUGACAUUUUCCUUGAUAAAAUUUACCUAUUAUCCAAAUUGUUCAUUAUUACGUUUCUAUCCACUGAAAAAAUUGAAUUGUUUGACUAGUUGAUUCUGGCAAAAGCAUUACAAAAUCUGAACGCUGUUACUGAAAUCACCACAGUGUUAUUACAUAAAUCCUUGUGAACCUGUUGCCUGAUCUUUGUGUGAUAAUACCUCCCUUAACUAUGAAGGAACCUGCACCCAGCUGUUUGUAUUUGAUAUAUUGGGACAACUAUAUUUAGUAAAUCUGCAGAUAGUUUAAAGUCAGAUAACUUAUUUAUUUGUUGUGUAUGAAACUGUUAUCUCAUAAAUAUUCAUGUUUUUGUCAUGACAACACUGGAUCAAGUCCGAAUCUGUCAAUCGCUGUGUGUUUGCACCAAGCAGCCAUUUAUUCUAUUUAUGUGAAUCUUUUAUCUUGUAUAACUGUAAUUCUGAGGUGCUUACAGGAUCUUUUCCCUCCACGCUUGCAAAUAUUCAACAUCUGUUGGAUUAAAAGUGGUCCAGUGAGCAUGCUCUGUCCAGUCCAGUUUUUACAGCUGUAAUGAGUGUCACCCCUUCUGUCCGUCUUUAAAACCGCUUUUAAAUGUUUGCUUCUUUUGUUUUUUUUUUUGUUUCAUGCUUUUUAAACUUAUUUGACCAUUAACUCAUUCCUGGAAUUUACUUUUCCAUUUCUGGAUUAUGUUUGAGAAGAUAGCAGCUGUUAAAAAGCUGAUUUUUCUUUCUUUUUUUUUUUAAAAUCCUCUGACAAUAUAUAUUUUCAUUUUGUAUUUAAAAGAUAUGAAUGUAUUGUGGAUUCAUAUUCACAGAAUAUUUUCUUGACAGAUGCUUUUAAUGUAUUUCAAAAGAAAGUGAUAUAUUAUAUUGCUGUAUUAAAGAUAAUUAAAAUAUA